AUGGUAAACUUGGGGGAAGCAGCUGACCCCAUCGUCACUCGCUUGGUCGAGGAAGACAAGGUGCCAUGGUACAAGAAGCCCAACCUCCGCUACAUGUACAUCUGGCUCUUUUGCUGCUGUAUGGGCGUUGAGAUGACCUCUGGGUUUGACUCACAGCUCAUCAACACCCUGCAAUACUCACAAGUUUUCCAGAAAUACUUUGGCGGGGGCCGGAUGAACGAUGCGGGCGACUACGCCAUCGAACCGGGCCUGCUUGGCUUCAUGAACUCUUGCUACAACCUCGGUACCGUUUUCGCCGUCCCCAUCGCUCCAUGGUUUGCUCAGAAGUUUGGUCGACGGUGGUCAAUCAUGUUCGGCUCUUUGGUCAUGGUUGUAGGUGCUAUUCUUCAAGGUUUCUCUCAACAUGUUGCCAUGUAUAUUGUGUCACGCAUGAUACUCGGCGCAGGCGUCCUCUUCCCUAUCAUUUCUGGCGCCGCGUUAAUCGGAGAGCUUGGUCACCCUAAAGAACGACCUGUGUUGACUUCGCUGUUCAACUCGUCGUACUUUAUUGGCCAGAUUGUUGCGGCAGCCAUUGCCUUCGGCACGAACAAGAUAACCUCGGAUUGGGCUUGGCGUCUGCCCAGCAUUCUCCAAAUUUGCCCAUCUCUGCUACAGAUUGCUACCGUAUUUCUGCUCCCCGAAUCGCCGCGUUAUCUGAUCUCCCGUGAUCGAGACGAUGAGGCUGCCGAGAUCCUCACAAAAUACCACGCCGAAGGUGAUAGUGAAUCCCUUCUCGUCAAGGCUGAAAUUGCACAGAUCAGGGAGACCAUCAAGAUAGAGAUGGAGGUUUCAAAGCAAUCCUGGCUACAACUUUUCACCUCUCCUGGGAUGCGUCGCCGAGUGUUGGUCACCAUUUUCCUCGGCCUCUUCACUCAGUUUUCCGGAAACACAAUGAUCAGCUACUAUUCCAACGUCCUGUUUAAUAUGAUGGGUUUUACUGACGCAACAACCAAAUCCCAAAUCAACGUGGCUAACGCUUGCUGGAGCCUUAUAAACGCGACCCUCAUCGCCCUCUUCGUCACGCGCUUCAAGCGCAGGCGGAUGUUCAUGCUUUCUGCUACCUUGAUGUUACUGGUUUUCAUCGCCUUUACGAUCUCGCUUGAGCGGCUAGAGGUUGCCGAGAAAACGGGAGUGAAGAAUGGCAAGGCGGCUAUUUCUGCCCUAUUUUGGUACUAUGCCUACUCUCCCUGUUACAACAUCGGAAACAACGCUCUCACAUAUACCUACCUGAUUGAGCUUUGGCCGUACUCCCAGCGAAGCCGUGGUAUCGGUGUCCAGCAAAUAUUCGGCAAGAUUGCUAGCUUCAUCUCGAACAACGUUAACCCUGUCGCCUUGAGUGCUGUCGGAUGGAAAUUCCUCAUCUUCUAUUGUUGCUGGAUUGCCUUUGAAUUUUGCAUUGUCUUCACCCUCUACCCAGAGACCAGCGGCCACACCCUCGAGGAGCUGGCUUUCCUGUUCGAGGACAAGUCACUAAACGACAGAACCGCCGCUGCCAUCGAGAAGAAUAUUUGA